AUGGAUUUGCAGAAAGGGUUGCCUCUGUUGGUUCAACAAUUCAAGGCUUUGUUCAUGAAGAAUUUCCUCCUAUCGUGGAGACACAAGGGAUUCACGCUCGCACAACUCCUCUCGCCAUUGGUCUUCACGUUUCUGCUAUUCGUGAUUCAAAAAUCGGGUAAACCUUCAACAGGAAAGGCUUUGUAUGAUCCCGUGGCUCUGAUUUCUCCCCCGAUUCCUCAAUGUGAGGACAAGUACAUGAGAUUCAAAACAUCUCUAAAUCGUUUAUUUUGCAUGGUCAUGCUUAGUUACAUGAGACUGAAUUUCUGCAAGCCACCAAAACCCAAGACAAACGCUAGUCCAGACUACCAAGACCUUGGUCCAUCCGGACUAGAGAUGCUGAGAGGUCCAAAAUUCGAGCCAAACACUUCAAAAAUCUCUCUAUAUCGGUUAUUCUGCAUGAUGUUGAAAUCAGCACAUGGGCUGCUGAAGUGUGGCUCCAAUUCUCUCAUUGGUCAAAGAUUGGAUAAAGAUGGCAGCCUUUGUAGACUUCAAAAGAAAUUCGUCGGCCCUCCCCCGUGGACGUACCCGAUUUUGGAGAACCACGUAAAUCCGUUGUCUCUGUGUUCAAUUGGGUCUCGAAAAUACGAUCUAAUCUGUCCAUCUUGUUCGUCUCGUCGAGACGAUUUCGGGAAGCUGCAGGUUGAAGACGAUGACAUCAGCAAGAUGUUAUCAUCCAGUCAGCGUGCACAGUCAGCAUACACAGUCAGCAGAAUAUUCCUAAAAUUUGUUUUCUGUGAUUCCGGAGCCGUCCGAACUCCGUUUUUCGCCCGAGUCCCAAUGGCCGAAGCAUCUGAAAAAGUUGUCACCGAGCCCUCUAUAGGCUCUAUGCGGAGGACAAUGGUGUCCAAUGCCAAGUUCGAGGUGGAGAAAUUCGAUGGCACCAAUAACUUUGGCAUGUGGCAGUGCGAGGUGAAGGAUGUAUUGAUCCAACAAGAGUUGGAUAUUGCAUUGGAGGAUGAAGAUGUUGCUCUUGUCAGUUCAUCAUUAGCUAUCCAUCCUGAUAACUGGAUAUUUGAUUUUGGUUGUACCUAUCAUAUGUGUCCCAACAAGGACUUGUUCUCCAGCUUCAAGGAGUUGGAUGGAGAUUCAGUUAUUAUGGGCAAUGGCCAUGCCUGUAAGACUAUGGGGAUAGGUAAAAUCAGCUUGUUUUUGUAUGAUGAAUCUGUAUUUGUUUUGUCUGAUGUUCGGUAUGUCCCGAACCUGAAGCAAAAUCUCAUCUCUUUGGGAGCUUUAGAGUCCACAGGUUUAGUGAUUUCUGUGCAAGGUGGAGCUCUCGAGAUUAGUUCAAAGAAUCUGGUUGUGAUGAGAGGCAUCCGACGCAACAACCUAUACUUCCUUGAAGGGAGUAAAGCUGAAGGUGGAGCUGCCACCGUUAUUGGGGAAUUUGAUUUUGAAUCUACUGCAGAUCUGUCCGCUGAAGUUAUUGGGAGUGAGUUUGAUGCAUCUGAAUUUGUAUAUGAAUCUGUUGCCGGGACUUUUGAGUUGUCGCACGACUUGUCUGAAUCUUUUCUGAAGUUUACUCGAAGACUUCAAAAAUCUGGCUCUUCUGUUGAAAUUCGUCGGCCCUCCCCCGUGGACGUACCCGAUUUUGGAGAACCACGUAAAUCCGUUGUCUCUGUGUUCAAUUGGGUUAAAUCAUUUGAAACAAAGAAGGAAGUCGACGAAUGGUUGUUUAGUAAUCCCAUGCGUUGCCCAGGAGCAUUGCAUUUUGAGCAAAGAAACGCUACUGUUAUAAGUUACGGUAUCCAAACCAAUUCCACUCAAGUUGACAAGCGAGGCCAAUUUGAAGAUGCCACGUUUAAAUUUCAAAUACCGCUACAAAUAGCAAUAGAGCGUGAAAUCGCGAGGUCUUUAAUUGGAGAUCCAAACUUUAGCUGGGUGGUUCGUCUAAAGCAAUUCGUGUACCCUGAAAGAACUAUCCGCCCUUCUUUGACAGUACUCUUGCUAGCCAAUCCAGAAGCACUCUUUCUACUAGCAAUUGCGAUGUUUCCUUUUGUCUUUCAGAUUAGUUCGCUUGUCACUGAAAAGGAAAUCAAACUGCGGCAGGCAAUGACUACAAUGUGUCUUUAUGAUACUGCCUAUUGGCUGUCAUGGCUUACGUGGGAGGCAACUUUUGCAUUGCUCUUAUCGCUCAUCACGGUUCUAUGUGGAAGGAUGUUUCAGCUUCCUCUGUUCUUAGGAAACAGUUUCCUAAUCGUCUUUCCCAUGUUCUUUCUCUUCCAAAUCAGUAUGAUUGGUUUUGCCUUCAUUCUAUCAACUCUUAUUCGAAAGGCAUCUUCAUCCAUAAUUAUAGGUUUCUUCAUAUAUAUAGUCAGCUUUCGCACUCAGUUAGUUACGACCUACCUGGGUUUUCCCUACAAUAAAGGAGAUUCAACAAAAUUCAGAAUUAUGUGGUCACUAUUUCCACCAAAUCUUCUUUCCAAAAGCCUUGACAUGCUCAAAAAAGCCGUUGUUAAUGGCGGGAUCAGCUGGAGUACAAUAUCCAUGUGUGUUGAUGGAUCCCCUUCCAACUCCACGACCACAUGUGUGAUUACAAUGCUCACUUUAAUGUCAAUUAACCCCAUUUCAUGUUUUUGGCAGAACGAUAUUUUCAAAUUUUAUAUAGCAACAUUCUUCCUUUGGUUUGUUAUGGCUAUCUACUUGGACAACAUAAUUCCGAACUCAUCUGGUGUGCGAAAGUCAAUCUUCUACUUUUUGAAUCCGGGGUAUUGGACAGGAAAAGGUGGAAAUACGAUUGAAGAGGGUGGCUUCUUUAGUUUCCUACAUUCAAUCCCACAAGUUCAACCUAAAACACCCGAUGAUGAGGAUGUCUUGGAAGAGGAAAACACGGUCAAACAUCAAGUAGAGGAAGAUUUGGUUGAUCCAAAUGUUGUUGUUCAAAUACGUGGUCUUAUAAAGACAUAUCCUGGGAAGAUAGAGAUUGGUUGCUGCAAGUGCACUAGGAAAUCACAUUUCCAUGCUGUUAAGGGAUUGUGGGUGAACAUUCCCAAGGGUCAAUUGUUCUGCCUUCUCGGACCUAAUGGAGCUGGAAAAACUAGUACGAUAAAUUGUCUGACUGGUAUUUCCCCAGCAACGGGUGGUGAUGCACUAGUUUAUGGACAUUCUAUUCGGAGCUCUAUUGGCAUGUCAAGUAUCCAAAAACUUAUAGGAGUCUGUCCUCAGUUUGAUGUCCUUUGGGAUGCUUUGUCUGCUGAGGAGCACCUCUACCUCUUUGCCAGUAUCAAAGGCAUUCCCGCUACUUCGAUUAAAUUGGCCGUAGAGAAAUCAUUAGCAGAAGUUAAGCUUACUUAUGUAGCCAAAGGAAGAGCUAGUGGCUACAGUGGAGGGAUGAAACGCCGCCUUAGUUUGGCGGUAGCCCUUAUUGGUGACCCUAAGUUGGUCAUCUUAGAUGAACCGACAACUGGUAUGGAUCCAAUAAAUCGAAGGCACGUAUGGGAUAUAAUUGACAAUGCAAAAAAAGGGAGAGCCGUUAUACUUACAACGCAUUCAAUGGAAGAAGCUGAUAUCUUAAGCGAUCGUAUAGGAAUUGUGGCAAAGGGUACGCUUCGCUGCAUAGGGAAUUCCAUCCGAUUAAAGUCAAAGUUUGGAUCCGGUUUAAUUACUAAUGUAAGCUUCUCUGAGACCAAUACUACGGAUGCUACGGAAUCAUGUCGUCUGGCUUUGAGGAAAUUCUUUAAGCAUCAUUUGAAUGUGAUGCCGAAGGAGGAGACCAACUACUUCAUCAGCUAUGUAAUUCCCCACAAGGAGGAAAGCAACUUGAGGAAAUUCUUCACUGAACUUAAAGAGAGGAAAAAAGAAUUCGGCAUUUCAGAUAUACAGCUCAAUAUGACUACUCUAGAAGACGUUUUCUUGAACGUUGCAACGAAAGCAGCACUGGAGAAUGCUGCAGAUGAGAACAACAUGACAACUCUAGUGUUGGAGUCAGGAAAAUCAUUGCGGAUACCAGUAGGAGUCGAGAAGAUAGGCAUUCCAGGAUCGAUAACGCCGCAGAACCUUUGCGGCCUCAUGGUAGAGGUACGCUGGGGACAAGACUCCGAUGGCAACCUUUGCAUCACCGGCCACUCAGCUGAAAUGCCAAUUCCGGUCCGUGACGACUUCGGCUCUAGUUUGCCUCCAUCUCUUCUCAAGGGAAAUCCCGGUCACGGAAUUGUACUGGAUUUUUAACAACUUGGAAAUCCGCUUACGAGAAGCCUGUCUUUUUAUAAACAUCAUUAUGUAUUACCAUUGUACUAAACAAUUAUCUGAAUAUACAAUUGGUG